AUGGCGACUUUCUUCCAGAGCGUUCGCCAAGGCUUUGGCCGGGGAGGAAACAAUAAGAACAAUAACCCCCCGAAAAGUCCAGCACAGCCUCCUGCUUCCCAGGGCCAUCAAAGCAACAUGUCGAAUUCUCCUUCGCUGUCGAACAGCCUGUCGAUCGAUAACCUCGCCAACGAUCCCGAGGGGCCCAAGUACUUCUUCCAGGAGAAGUAUGCCCCACUGAACGUGAGGGGCAACUUCUUGACCCUGUGUGCCUGUCCUAAGAAUGUGGAGCUCGGCGAGUGGCUGGCUCACCAGAUUGUUGAACAAUAUCGUCUACUCCACGGCAUGCUCCAGGUUAUCCAGGAGGUGAACAGCGUCAAUGGUCAUUCCAUUUGCAAUGAAACCACUUGUCCGACGAUGUCUGCUGGGCGGCUCACCUACACCUGGCUGGUUGACGGCCGCGCUGCCAAAAUCUCGGCCCCCAAGUUCAUCAACCGUGUCGAGAAGUGGAUCGUAAGCAAGAUCCAUGACCCCGUUAUGUUCCCCACCGAGAAGGUGUCUGGUACUCCCGAAACAUCUGCCGUCAAAGAGGCCAAUGGCACACCGACAACUCCAUCAGACCCUGCCAACCCAGCCUCCGAUGACUGGAUUGGCAAGACUAGCGGCUUCCCGCAAACCUUCUACAAGGACUGCCAGGGAAUCAUGAAGCAGAUGUUCCGCUGCUACGCCCAUCUCUACCAUGCUCACUGGCUGAACCCCUUCUGGCACAUUAAUAAGCACGAUGUCCUCAACAUGUGCUUUGUUCACUUUGUGACCGUCUCCAAGUACUAUCAGCUCGUCUCCGAUAAGGAGAUGGAGCCCAUGCAGCCUCUGAUUGACCUGUUCAUCAAGCAGCAGCGGGUUCCCCCAGAGGCGCUUAACGGCGGCCACUGGGCUCAGGCUCAGCAGGCCUCUACUUGA